AUAUAUUCUAUCAAAAUUUGGUUGAAGAAGAUCAAUUGACAGAACAAUUGAACGUUGUUUUGCAAGUGGCUUCUCAAAACACUAUCUGGGAUAUCAGAUCUGCAAAAUCUGCAAUUUAUAAGUUCAAAGAACUUUUGUCUGAUAAAUUGAAUACAGCAAUGUAUGUGCUGUAUAUAAUAAUGGGCUUAGCAAAAUCAGCAGGGAAAGAAGAUCCUGUUGAACUUGACUCUAGUCAACAUUGGGAAAACACAUAUUAA